AUGGCUUUGAAGUACUCCAUCCCGUUCGCGACGUUACUUGCUUUUCUCCCGCUCGCGACUGCCCAGUCAGGAGCAUGGGGCCAAUGCGGGGGGAAUGGCUGGACUGGACCAACAACUUGUAUCGCGGGUUACACUUGCACAUAUAGCAACCCGUGGUACUCUCAGUGUCUUCCUGGAACUGCUUCGACGGCAGUCUCGACCACGACGUCUGCUCCGACUUCUACCGCUACUAGCAGUGCUGGACUCGCAGUAGUCGCCAAAUCUGCUGGAAAACUCUACUUUGGCUCCGCGACGGACAACCCUGAGCUGAGCGAUGCUCCUUAUAUUGCCAUCCUCAGCGACACAAAAGAAUUCAACCAGAUCACUCCUGGCAAUAGCAUGAAAUGGGACGCUACUGAGCCUUCUCGUGGAACCUUUAGAUUCACCAACGGUGAUGCUAUCGCGGACCUCGCCAAGAAGAACGGCCAGCUUCUUCGAGGCCAUACCUGCUCCAGACACAUUGUGGCACCGUCGUUGAUCACUACAAGGGACAGAUCUGUGGACAGCUGGGACGUCGUUAACGAGCCAUUCAAUGAGGACGGAACUUGGAGGACGUCCGUGUUCUACAACACCAUUGGACCAGAAUAUGUGGCUGUCGCCUUGAGAGCAGCUCGCGCUGCUGACCCCAAUGCUAAGCUCUACGUCAACGACUACAAUAUUGAUGGCACUGGAGCCAAGUCAACUGCCAUGGUCAACCUCGUCAAAUCUCUGCAAGCACAGGGCGCACCCAUCGACGGCGUCGGCAUACAGGGUCACCUCAUCGUUGGCCAGGUUCCAACGACGAUCCAAGCCAACAUCGAGCAAUUCGCUGCUCUCGGCGUUGAAGUCGCGAUAACCGAACUGGACAUCCGCAUGACACUGCCAGCCACAGAUGCGCUGCUUCAGCAACAGAAGAGGGAUUAUCAAACGGUCAUUGCUGCUUGCAAUGCUGUCCCUAAAUGCGUUGGAGUUACCAUUUGGGAUUACACGGACAAGUAUUCCUGGGUUCCUAGUGUCUUUGAUGGCCAAGGUGCUGCUUUGCCAUGGGACGCCAACCUCAACAAAAAACCUGCGUACGAUGGGAUCGUGGCGGGCUUUGCUUAA